UAUUCGAACAGUCGUAAUAGUCCAGCGUUCUACAUUCACUAAACCUGAGAGACGAGACGAGGUCUUUACGUUUCCAUUUCUCUUUUAGAACGUCUUUGUUGAAAUUAUAAUGCCUAUAAUGAUUAGAGGAAUAUUCAAUACGUGGAGUGUUAACUAUAAUCUGGUCAUCGAAUGCUUACCAACGAUCAUAAUAAUCAAUAUUUCCAUACUGAUGUAUUUCAGCAUAAUUUUUAAUACAGAAAAGAUUAAGGAUGUACUCUCGUUUAUUAAAAAUGACCAUAACUACUACAUGAACCGUCCAGAAAAUACAAUUCUCCAAUAUUACGCUGCGCAGGGAAGUAAAAUUGGAUUUUAUUACGUUUGUUACAUGUAUAUAUUAUUCUUCGCGUACGUACUAUUACCAACGGUAUCAUUGGUAAUUGGUGAAAUUGUAUCAUCGAAUCAUUCUGAAAGUAAAAGCUUCCCAGUCGUUCUCGAUUACGGCGUGGACAUGGAACAAUACUUUUAUCACCUGUUCAUACCUGUAUACACAUCAAUGCUCAUGGUUCCCAAUGUGGUUAUUUCUUAUGAUAACACAUACAUGUUGUAUGUUCAACAUAUCUGUGCUUUGUUUGCAAUUGUGAGUUACAAACUAAAAACUGUGCACAUUUUGGAUGCGAAUAGUCUGAUAGACUUAAAGAAUGACCAUCUGUUCGAAAAGUCCAGCAAUAUCGAGUCAUUAACGAUAAAAGAAAAAGAAAUCUUUAGGGAAUUAGUGCUUUGCAUAAAAGAACAUCAAAAUGCAAUAAAGUACUCAGAUCUCGUUGAAUCAUUGUUCGCUAAAUCGAUAUUGGCCCAAUUGUUCGGUAACGUUAUCUGUCUCAGUAUUGCUGGAGUUGAAACUGUCCUGAAUUUAGAUAAUACUGGCGACGUGAUGCGAUUUGGACCAGUUGCAGUGGCACAAGUUAUACACAUAUUCGUUCUUUGCCUUCCUGGACAAAGACUACUGAAUCACUGUGAAGAGAUGCACGCCGCGGCAUGCGAGACGAUGUGGUACAUCUUGCCCAAAAACUGCCUUAAUUUAUAUAAGUUCGUACUCGCAAGAAGUUUGAUAUUCAACAAAAUAACAGCCUUCAAAUUAGCCGUCAUGUCGAUGGAAACUUUUCUCGUGAUCAUUCAAACAGCAAUGAGUUAUUUCACUGUGUUAUUAUCACUUACAUGAACUAAAAACUGAACUGUAUUUCAGUUCUUGUAGUUUUAUUUUAUGUUGUAUACUAUCGCACUGUGUAAUGGAAGAUUGACUUUCAUCAUUGAUACUGUAGUUCACAAAGAAAAAGAAAUACACUUAAAGGUGGAUAAAUGUGUUUAUAUCAAUGUAAU